AUGAUGAUAACAAAUUCUCUGCAUUAUCUUUUUGUACUUCUUGGAGCUCUUUCUUUCCUAGCACCGGUCCUAGGGCAGGAUCCAUCAUCAGGAUUUAUUAGUAUAGAUUGUGGACAACCUGAAAAUAUCAGCUACAUCGAAAAAAAUACAGAAAUCAAUUACAUUUCAGAUGUCAAUUUUAUUGAUUCCGGUGUGAGUAAAAGCGUAUCGCCUCAAGAUAAAAAUUCUCAUCAACCACAAUUUAAUUACCUAAGGAGCUUCUCUAAUGGUGUCAGAAACUGUUACAAAAUAAAUGUAACAAGUGGUGCUGAUUAUUUAAUUAGAGCUAGUUUCUUGUAUGGAAACUAUGAUGGUCUUAAUAAGCUCCCACAAUUUGAACUUCAUCUUGGACCAAAUGUGUGGAAAACAGUAAAAUUCACAAAUUCAUCAAUCAGCGUAAACUAUGAGAUAAUCCACUCUCCACCGCAGAACCAUAUACAUCUCUGUCUCGCUAACACGGACAAUGGAACACCGUUUAUUUCGGUAAUAGAAUUGAGGCCUUUGCCGAAUGAUACUUAUAGCAUUAGCAUAAAGUCAGUUGGAUCAUUGGCACGUUUGGUGAGACUAGAUCUCGGCUCCAUCACCAACCUUUGUAUCAGGUACAAAGAUGAUUUAUACGACCGCUUAUGGGAGCCUUAUUCGGACAGCGAGUGGACACAAUUAAGCACUUCAUUGAACACUGAUGAACUAAAUAAUUCAGUGGCAUCAACGCCACCGGUAAUUGUCAUGAGCACUGCUGCUACACCAAUAAAUUCUAAUGCCUCUUUGGAUUUCACGUGGGAUGCAGAUACUGUAACCGAUAGUUUUCAUAUUUGCAUGCAUUUUAAUGAGAUCCAAAAACUGAAAGCAAAUGAAGCUAGAUUAUUCAAUAUCACCUUGAAUGGCAAGCUCUUUUAUGGUCCUUUUGCUCCUAUAUACCGUAAAACAGAUACUCUAUGCACUACUUCACCUUUUGAUGGAUUCACGACAUAUCAGUUAUCAAUUUUGAGGACAGAGUUCUCUACACUUCCACCCAUCAUCAAUGGUAUUGAGAUUUAUUCAGUUAGAAAUUUGUCACACUUAGAAACUGAAAAAGAUGAUGCUGAUGCUAUCACAAACAUCAAGGUAGCCUAUAGGGUGACUAGAAAUUGGCUUGGAGAUCCAUGUUGUCCCGAAGCAUUCAAGUGGGAUGGCCUAGAUUGUAAUUCAAUUGAUGGUGAUGGCACUCCAAGAAUAACAUCCUUGAACUUGUCUACAAGUGGAUUGACAGGGCACAUAAUUCCUGAUUUCUUAAAGCUUACUAUGCUAAAGACAUUGGAUUUAUCAAACAAUAACUUAACUGGAGAUGUUCCUUAUUUUCUGGCACAACUGCAAUCACUACAAAAAUUAAACCUGGAGAACAACAACUUGUCAGGUUCAAUUCCAAAUGAACUCCUUCAAAAACAAAGAGAUGGUAUAUUAUCAUUAAGUGUGGGACAAAAUCCAAAUCUAUGUGCAUCAACUUCAUGCAACCCGCAAACAAAUGAUAAGAGAAAGAAAAAGAGUAAUGCAGUUAUUAUAGUGGUAGCAUUAAUGGCAGGGAUGUUGCUGCUUCUAGUGAUUGCAGCAGUUAUAAUCUUUCGCCAAAGAAAGCCAAAUGAUGCUGCUAAGAACAUUAUUCUUGGGAAGCCCGGUAACUCAAUUAAUGGUUCUCAACUGGGAUCAAAGCAACGUCAAUAUUCAUUUAACGAAGUUGUUAAGAUGACCAGCAGCUUUGAUAGGGUUCUUGGUAGAGGUGGAUUCGGAACAGUUUACUAUGGCUCUAUUGAGGAUACUCAAUUGGCUGUCAAAAUGCUUUCCUUAUCAUCUGUGCAAGGAUAUCAACAAUUUGUUGCAGAGUUUACAGGAGAAAACAAUAGGAAAAAGUCCUUGAAUUGGAAAGAUAGACUUCAAAUAGCAUUGGAUGCAGCCCAAGGAUUGGAAUAUUUGCAUAAUGGCUGUAAGCCACCUAUAAUCCACAGAGAUAUAAAAUGCACAAAUAUUCUAUUAGAUGAAAACUUCCAUGCCAAACUUGCUGAUUUUGGAUUAUCCAAAUGCUUUGCGGCUGAUGGCGACACACAUGUGUGGACAAUUGCGGCCGGAACUCCAGGCUAUUUAGAUCCUGAGUAUACGAUAUCAAAUAUAUUGACAGAGAAAAGUGAUGUGUAUAGUUUUGGAGUAGUUCUUUUAAGGAUAAUCACAGGUCAACCGGUGAUAAUAAGAAUGGAAGACACGACUCAUCAUAUAAGUCAGCGAGUUAACUCUAUGGUUGCUGAAGGGGAUAUAACAAAAAUUGUUGACUCAAGGUUACAAGGAGAUUUUGACAAUAACUCUGCAUGGAGAGCAGUUGAAAUAGCAAUGGCCUCUGUGUCUUCUAUUUCGGUAGAAAGGCCAUACAUGAGUGAUAUAGUGAAAGAACUAAAGGAGUGUUUGGCUGUAGAGUUAACUCAAAAACAUAAUAGUUGUGACUUUCAAAAUGAAGAUUUAAUUGGGCAGGUUAGUUUGAACUUGAUUAGUACUGAUAUCAACCCCAUAGUUAGGUAG